AUGGAAAUCACAUGUUAUGCUUGACAAUCCUUCUACUACAUCUUGACCUCUCACAUGUCAAGAACAUACAUCCAUUUGAGGAGGUUCCAAUCAUACUCCAAACUCUCAUCCAAUACAAAAUGUAGAUAGAAUACUUCAACUGCAUGGUAUGUGUACUGGAUCUACAUACCAUAUCUAACGUCAAAAGGAGCGGUGUCAUUUGCUGAAAACGAGAAACCAAUCACAACCAAUCGUCGGAGUGAGCACCGCAGACUUGAUGAUAGAAUGAAAGACAAAGAGGAAAUGUGGGGCGAAGAGGAGGACUCAGAUGUUGAAACAUCGACCGCUUUCUCGGGUUUUUGUGAAAAUCAUGUCCGCUCGCUCUCACAAGUGGAGGACCUCCGACACCGUCUCGUCGUCGACGCUCGAGGAAGGCCCGAUGGGAGGCCCAUGGUGCAGAAAUUUCGGUCGCUUCACGUGAAUGUCCUCCACCGCCUCCAUCAUCGACGUCAUGAUGCUCCGGCUCUGGUGUCGGCCUUCCUGCGACGAAGCCGAGCUGGAGAUGGCUGCCCCCGCCCGCUUUAGCCGCGGCUGCUCGUCACGGUGACAAGGAGUCUCUACCGCGUUCCCACGUCACUGUCGAUGUUGAUGUGGCCGCUGCGUCUUGUUCCUCUACUGCUUCCUGGAAUGCCAGCUCAGACAUUCUUUCUUACUCAUUUUUCCGUCUAUUUGAGGCACCAUCGCAGAAUCUUUGCUCCACUUCGAUGCCU